UGGCUUUCGAAUUUUUACAAUUUUUACUGUAGUCGCUGCCUUUUGUUGCGUUUCUAUCUCUGUUCAACGAUGCAAUCAGUCCUCCGAAACGUCACCAAGGCAGGCCCACUGUACUCUCUGGCACGCAACAUUAGGUUAGCAGCACCGUUAACCCAAAGGCCCUGCGUUCGACCUCAGUUCAUUCGAACUCUCGUUACAAAGCGUUACACGAAGGAUCACGAAACCGUCACCUAUGAUGAUUCGACGGGAAUUGGCAUUGUGACCAUUACCAACCACGCUCAAUCGUCUCUCGGAGAUGUCGUUUUCGUGGAAUUGGCUGAGAUAGGGACUGAGGUGGAGCAAGGAGGCCAUAUAGGAGCGGUGGAAAGUGUCAAGGCUGCGUCAGAUAUCUAUGCCCCAGUUUCUGGCCUCGUGGAGGAAAUCAACGCUGCACUAGCCUCUCAGCCAGGAUUGUUGAACAAAUCUCCUGAAGAGAAAGGUUGGCUAUGCAAAAUCAAAAUUUCGGAUCCGUCUGAGCUAGAAGGGUUGCUUACGGAGGAGCAGUAUAAGGCUGAGUAUAACAUUGAAUCUUGAAAAGCUCGCACAACGUCCUAGGGCCUCAACUGCUCGGAUAUAGAACAUAGACUUUAGAUUAUAUUAUUUCUUGCGCAGAGCCGUUGUCAUGUAAUGAAAUUGGGAUUAAG